AUGAUACCCACUCUACGGGUCCUCUCGCGAUCCCGAUCCAUCCUCUUCCUCGACAAGGUGCCCCCCACCUCCGCAAGCGAGGCCCCUGUCUCUACGCGAUCCCAUCCUCGUACCCGCAGUCGUGGUCCGGCUCUUCCCGUAGUGCCCAGUCACGAGCACAAGGAUGAGGCGCACGGGAAUGUUGAUCGUGAGUUGAGCUGCGAUGUUCAGAUGAGGGUCUUGAGAUCGCACUCAUGUUGUUCUACCCCGUGACUCUGUUACUCAGUUUCAAUCCUCGCCUCCCCUCUUCGAAGGGAUCUCUUGACUCGCGAAGUACUCCCCAAAGGUACGCCCUUACCCCACCCAACAGUAGUACAAAGCCUUCGUCCUCAUCCCUUCUUCCCCGUAAUGCAGACUUCCUUCUCCAAUUCAAACUUCUCCAAGACCCCGCCCCCAAACCCUCUUCAACUUCGACCCUCCACCUAACUCCGACGUCCCUCCUCCAUCCGAGGUUUUCGGAUUCUCAACCUGGACGAUCGGUGUAUGCUUUGUGUUGGAAGGAGGGGGUGAGGUUGUUGUGUGAGAAAAGUGCGUGUUCACCUAAGCCGGAGGUCUACGGGAAGGAAAGGCUCUGUGCUGAUUCGUUUCGUUGACCGAAAUAGAAAGCUACAAACGAUUGUCCUCUCGGGCUUCUCUUGCCCUCGAACCUACACUCCAAAGAGUAGAAUCCUCGCUUGCGCGAAGGGUUCAUCAGGAGAUCGUACUGUUGAACAAACGCCUCGUUUCGGUUCCUGUGGAGCAGGCGAGCGAAGAGGGUUUGGGGAGGGUCGUUAGGAGGAUCAAGGGGGAGGACUUGGGGAGGCUUUCGGAGGUGAAGAAAGAGGUGGAGGGGUGGGGGUUGAAAGCUAUACUGGACCUACGCACCCACGAUAAGACGAACGAAGAACAUGGUCCGGAACAAUGGUUCGGUUCUCUCGCACCCUCCGACCCUUCGAAGCUCCCGAUCCCACUCUAUACCCUAAGCGACUAUCUCAGCACCGUCCAGCUACCUCCCUCGAGUUAUGAAGCUUGCAAAAUAGCCAUGGAAGCGAGCGAGGGGAAGGAAAAUACGCUGAAUAAUUUGGUUGUGGAACAAUUGGACAAAGUGGUGGGGACCUUUGAGAAGAGGGGGUUGAGUAAAGCUGAAAGGGAGGCGUUGUGGCUUGCUUCGCAAGCACAAGCGCAGACGAAGAAGAAGUUCACGAGGAACGAGGGUGGCGUGCUUGGAAUUUAUGGGCCUGGUACGAGGAGUGAAGCGGAUCGACAGAGCGUACCGCUGCUCAAGGCAUUGUGGAGAUUAGGUUUGUGGUUUGGGAAGGGGUGGGAAUGA